AUGCUGCCCAGAUCCAUCUCCGUAAAGAUUGCCGAUCUUGGGAAUGCUUGUUGGACUGAUAAGCAUUUUACAAAAGACAUCCAAACAAGACAAUAUAGAUCGCCUGAAGUAAUUUUGGGCGGUGAAUAUAACUUUACCGCCGAUAUUUGGAGCUGUGCUUGCAUGAUUUUCGAACUGCUCACUGGAGACUUUUUGUUCCAGCCAAAGGAAUCAACAAAGUUUACAAAAGAUGCAGAUCAUCUUGCCCAGGUGAUAGAAUUGCUCGGGGGAUUUCCAAAAUCCCAAAUCAAAGGCUCAUAUGCAAAUGAAAUCUUUUCAAAAAAAGGCGAGAUUAGAGGAAUCAAGGAACUGAAUUUGUGGCCACUUCAUGCCGUGCUAGUCGAUAAGUAUCAGUUUCCUGCAACUGAAGCACAGGAGAUUUCAGAAUUUCUUCUUCCGAUGCUACAUGUAGAUAUUAGGAAAAGAGCCACAGCUUCCGACUGUCUGCGUUCGAAAUGGCUUUUUCCAUAUAACAUUAUUGAGACCAGUGAGCAAAACAACAACCAAGGCAAUCCCAUUGGGUGCGAACAGGAUGAGAUUGAAAAACGUAUGACCAACCCUGUUGAGCCACACAAAUAA